CAUAACAAUUGAUUGUUCCAUUUCAUUUUCGACAAAUCAUUCAUAUUCUGACCGUGGAAGUGUAAUGGAGUUAUAUAACAAUUUAUCUGAACAAAUCACUCUUUUGAGAGAAAGAAUUCCCGUGGAGAACUAUAUUUUUGGGGCUGGAAUUACCGCAAUGGGUUUUUACUUUUGCAGAAAAUAUAUUGAAGGUGGUCAAUUCCAAAAGGAUCAUUUGAGAAUGGACGGAAAAGUAGUUAUUAUUACUGGAGCUAAUACAGGAAUUGGGAAGGAAACAGCUCUCGAUUUGGCCAGGAGGAAUGCCAAGAUUUAUCUGGCAUGUCGUGACUACGAUCGCUGUGAAUCAGCUCGUGAGGAAAUUGUCCAAGCAACAGGGAACACAAAAGUCUACAAUAGACACCUUGAUCUCAAUACUCUGGAUUCAGUCCGAGAAUUUGUUGAAGAGUUUUCCAAGGAAGAGAAGCAUCUGGACGUACUGAUCAACAAUGCUGGAGUACUCUAUCUUCCACACUCGAUAACAAAAGAUGGUUGUGAAACUACCCUCCAGGUCAAUCAUUUAAGUCACUUCCUCCUGUCUCAUCUUCUGCUUGAUCAUCUUAAGAGAGCUCCUCAAGGAAGAAUUGUGAAUGUUUCUAGCAUUGGUUACGCUUCUGGAAAAAUUAAAAAGGACGAUCUUCAUCUACAGAAAAAAUUUGGGAAGCUUCAGGCUUAUUAUAACUCUAAGCUUGCUCAAGUCCUUACAACUCAGAUAUUUGCCAAGAAAUUGGAGGGAACAAACGUUACUGUCAAUAGUCUCCAUCCUGGAGCUAUUAAGACAGAAAUCUGGAGAAAUAUGAACAUCUCGAAGCCUGUAAUAUGGAUAUUAUCACCUCUUACUUUUUUCACGAAAUCUGUUAAGUCUGGAGCUCAAACCACGAUUCGUUUAGCUGUUGAUCCUGAUUUAUCAACGGUUUCUGGGAAAUACUUCAGUGACUGUGAAGAAGUUCCAGACAAGAAAUUGAAAGGACAAGGAAGGGAUGAAGACAUCAGAGAUUUUGUCUGGAAUGAGAGUAUUCGUCUGGCCAAAAUUCCCAGUGAUUUUCGCUACAAGUGAACUUAUAUGAUUUCUGAUUUUGUAACUAGCUAUUUUUUAUAAUAAAAUUUUAUUGGUGUAAA